UCAGGGAUGAUGAAGCGAAAGAAAAUCAGUUAACCCAGGAGGAAAUGGGCUCAAGAAAUUUUGAAUAAGCGAAAAACUACAAAAAUUUACUUAUUGCUCACCAGUCACCAGAGCGGCCACAAUUGGAUAGUCAACCUAUAUGUUUAUUGUGUGCAAAAAACCACUGGUUGUUCAUCCGAAGGUGUAGGUAUUCUGUGGUGAAAAGUGACGUUUGUAAAAACAAUAACCUAAAAAAUUUUAAUGAGAUUUUUGAAAAUUGUGUCAUCUGUGAUACUUAUACUUUAUAAAUUAUCACAUUUUUAUCAGUAAAAGAAUGUGAGUAGAUUUUUAGCGUAGUAAAAAGUGACAUAAGCCAAUGAUUACGAAAUCAAAACAUUACGUGUUUGGUGUAGGUUGAGCAAUCGAAAUGAGGAAAUAAGUAGAUUGUAAUAGUAGUAGUGCUCUUUUUAUACAAAACAAUAAUACAAAGGAUUUUGAAAUGGCUCCGUUUAAAAGAAAUUUAGAUUAUGAACCGAUUCCGGAUGAAUACUCCCAAACUAUAAGCAGUGCAGACGAGAACGACUCUCACUACACCAUAUAUGGAUAUCGACGUAACAAUGGAUAUACGAUUAUCUCUAAUAUUAUUUCUUUUUUGCUUUUGGGGAUACCAUACUUAAUUUUGCAUUGGUAUCCUUACUUACAAUCCUUUAAAUACCAAAAGUGCCCUUUGCUGAAUGCAGAACUGGUAUUGUUAAAGGACAAUCAUGGUCAUUACAAAAUCAUCAAAGUUGAAAUUCAAAACGUACUACUGGCAAGUACGGGUAAAGUCAAUCUGCGAUACUUUGUUUAUCAACACACCAAGUAUAUUUAUCAUAACGAAUAUAAUUUCAUGCCAUUAGAUAUUUUCAUGCCCUCAGUUAGCCUAGCCGACGUGUUACAAUAUUCCAAUGGAUUAAGUCGGCUCGAAUAUAAGAACGUAUUAGAGUUAUAUGGUCCAAAUACGAUCGAAGUUGAGGUGAAAUCAUAUUGGACGUUAUUCGUUGAAGAAGUUUGUAAUCCGUUUUAUAUUUUCCAAUUGUUUUCGAUGGCUUUGUGGAUUGUCGACGAUUAUGUCAUAUACGCAGGUUGCGUCUUAAUUUUAAUACUAUUUUCUAUCAUGACUUCUUUGUACCAAACCAGAAAGCAAAGUGAGGCGCUGCAUGAUCUUGUUGAGUCGUCUAAUGUCAAUGAGGUAGAAAUUUUGAGACCAAAUCCUUUGUGGGGACAUACAGAGUUAACAAUCGACUCGCGAGAUUUGGUCCCUGGCGAUUUGCUGAUCAUUCCUCCGAGAGGUUGUAUUAUGGCUUGUGAUGCGGUGUUGCUGAAAGGAAAUUGCAUUGUCAACGAAAGUGUCCUCACAGGGGAAAGUAUUCCUGUAACAAAAACGCCUCCUCAUUCAUCAGAUGAGCUUUAUGAUUCCGUUACCCACAAACGUCACACUUUAUUUUCUGGUACUCAUAUUCUGCAAACACGCUAUUACGGUGGUGAGCAAGUCUUGGCUAGAGUCACGCAAACAGGUUUUAGUACGACAAAAGGCUCUUUAGUCAAGUCUAUUUUAUACCCGGCCCCAAUCGGAUUGAAAUUUUACGCAGAUACCUUUAAGUUUGUGUUCAUUUUGUUUAUAGUUGCUCUGUGCGGUAUGCUGUACACACUCUACACGUACAUUCACCAACAAGUGGAUGUAAAAGAAUGCAUCAUUCGUGCGCUGGACAUUUUCACAAUCGUUGUUCCGCCUGCACUUCCGGCAGCAAUGACUGUCGGAACCAUUUACAGUCAAACUCGUUUAAAAAAAUUGGGCAUAUUCUGCAUUAGUCCGCAACGAAUCAAUAUUUGUGGAAAAAUUAAAUUGGCCUGCUUUGAUAAGACUGGUACUUUGACAAACGAUGGACUAGAAAUCUACUCAAUUAUUCCCUCCCGACAUUCCGAAUUUAUGGAACCUGUGAUAAACGUGGACGAGAUGCAUCCAAAAUCGCGUCUUAUUCAGGCAAUGGCCACAUGUCAUACUCUGACUCGUAUUGACGGUACUAUCAACGGCGAUCCUCUCGAUAUGAUUAUGUUUAAUAGUAUUAAAUGGGAAUUGGAGGAACCUGGUCAAUCGGAAAUCACUAGAUAUGAUACAUUGGGACCAGUUGUAGUGAGGCCAAGGAAUCAUCCCGAAUUAGACAGUGAUUUACCGUACGAAAUUGGCAUAGUACGUCAAUUUCCCUUUUCGUCAACUCUGCAAUCGAUGUCUGUGAUAUGUCGUUCUUUGGAAGAUCCCCUUAUGCUGGCGUUUGUGAAAGGGGCUCCUGAGAAAAUCGCCGCCAUGUGCAUAGAAAGCACACUCCCAUUAAAUUUUAGUACACGUCUUAGUGAAAUAACCGCCCAAGGUUUUCGAGUUAUAGCCCUAGCUUAUAAGUCGCUGCCGAGCAAGUUUAAGUGGAAGCAUGCCCAACAAAUAGAGCGUACUGCUAUCGAAUGCGAAUUAGAAUUUUUAGGGUUCUUAAUUAUGCAAAAUACUGUCAAACCUGAAACACAGCCAAUUAUAUCAGCCCUAAAUGAUGCAAAAAUUAGAACUGUAAUGAUAACAGGAGACAACAUUAGAACAGCAAUUUCCGUUGCAAGAGAAUGCGGCAUGGUGGCUGUACAUGAGGAUGUAAUUUUAAUAAAAAUUGUUGAUAAUGAAAAUGGUCAAAUACCGUCAAUAAAAAUGGAAAGAAUCGCCCCUGAAAUGGAAACCAUUGAGAGUCUGGCUGACUUAAAAAAAUUGCAUAUCACUUUUGCGUUAGAUGGUAAGACUUGGACGAAUCUACGCACAUAUUACUCUCACUUAAUUCCGAAAUUAUUGGUGCACACUACCGUAUUUGCUCGAUUUCAACCGGAUCAAAAAACGCAACUUGUUGUUCAGUUUCAGAAGUUAGAUUAUAUAGUGUCCAUGGUGGGCGACGGCACCAACGAUUGUGGGGCCUUAAAAGCGGCACAUGUGGGCGUCUCCCUUUCGCGAGCCGAAGCAAGUGUAGCAGCACCGUUCACUUCGUCCAUUGAAAAUAUUUCGUGUAUUUUGCAUCUCAUGUUGGAAGGGCGUUGCGCUUUGGUUACAAGUUUGGCUAUGAUCAAAUACAUGGCCAUGUACAGUCUUAUUCAAUUUUUUUCAGUUGUGCUCUUAUAUGCACAUCAUUCGGUUAUUGGGGAUGUCGAAUUUUUAUUUAUUGACUUGAUAAUCAUUACUAGCCUGGCAUUGACAAUUGGAAAACAAGGUCCAUCCACUGUGUUGAGCUCUCGAAGGCCAAUGUGUUCAUUAUUAUCAUUAAAGAACUUGCUUCCACUAGCACUUCAAAUUCUACUGAGCUUAUUAAUGCAAGUUGGAGCACUAUGGUAUCUUCAUCAACAAGUAUGGUACGAGCCUCCUCCACUUGGCAAAGCAGAAAUUGUAACGAGCUGGGAUAACACUGUGAUAUUUUGCAUUUCCGGUUUUCAGUAUUUAAUAUUAGCUCUAGUCUACUCCAAGGGGCACCCUUAUCGUGAACCCUUGAUAUCCAAUGAAUGGUUACUAACCAUCGCCCUUAUUCUCACAUGCUUCCUUACACUUAUCACCGUUUAUCCAUUUAAACUGUUGGACAAGUUUAUGGAAUUAGUCUAUCCUGCGCAUUAUGGACAUAGACAAGCGUAUUUUAGAAUAAGUUUAAUGCUGUUCCCGUUAGUUCAACUUAUCGUAUCUAUAUUUAUUGAGACGUGUAUUGCAGAGCAAAUAUGGUUUAAAAGGUUAAUACAAUUACUGACUUGCAAAUCUCUACCGAGAAGUAGGUACAAAUUGUUGUUGCAAAAAUCUGAUCUCACAGAACUGUUUUUGUGACAAGCGAAAAUCAGCUCAAGAGUUAAGUAACUUGAUGGCGAUCCACAGGCCCCGACACUAGGUUCUACCUCUUUUUUUUCAUUGUUAGACACAACGAACUUAACAAUAUCAUUUAAUGUAUAGUGACAACUUGUGUUAAACUGUAUAAAUGGUAGCGCCAUCUAGUGUUAAAUCUCACGAAAUUUUUUCCCUGUCGGAUUGCCCCUAUGCAUUGUGGUGCUUUGUUUAAAAUAACUGCCAAGAUAACUAAGUUACCAAAAAUAGGUGUAUAGUAAAUGCGCGUUUAUAUUUUUAUCACUUAAAAUAAUUUGUAAUAAUAUUGUGACAGAGUAGUCAUUUAAGUUACCCAAAAUAUCUCGACAACAACUUUUUACUUUUGUCAAUGAACCAUAUGUAAACUAUUAUCUACUGUAAAAAACUUAUGCUACCAUGCAAAGUAAUUAAGUUACCGCGUGCUGUAAUUGAGUUAUAAAAGGUCUAGUCAUAAUAUAAAACUUAAAUACCUGUAACUAUAACCGGAAAUUAGUGAUUAGGUGCCUAACAAAGUUACCGCUGUGAAGAAAAUGAGUUCUGAUAGUGACUAUAUGAUAAAAUCACCAAUAUGAAGAUGAGGAAUAAUAUAAAAUAAAUACCAAUGUAAAAAUGUGUGUUCUU